AUGAAUAUUCAAGAAUAUCCAGCUGGAUGUAGCAAAGGAAAUGAGAAAUACCAACAAGUAUUAGGAGAUACUAUUUUAACAGAAAAUAACAAUAGUUUAAAUAGUGCUCUGCAAUUUGUGGAUUGUAAUUGUAUAAGGCCUAUGAUUUAUUUUCUUAAGUCAAUUCCAUCUGGAUUUGCACCUCUUUCUCCAAAUUCUUUGGCAAUUUUACUUGAGCAUAAUGAAAAUGAGAAUAUCACUCUAAUUCAAAAUAAUUCACUUUUAGCUACAAAUUGUCUAAUUAAAGAUUCAGAUGCUAGUUCCAACUCACCUAAAUAUAGUCAAUGCAGUUUGAAAUUAGAAAGUGAAGGUUUGAAAUGUGGAGAUCGAAAUAACAACACUUUAAAUAAUAAAAGUUCAAAUAAGUCAUUAAAUAUUAUAGAUGAUGAAAGUACAAACACUCAAGAUGAAAAGUGCUUUAUCAAGGAUUCUGAAAGUUGUAACUUGGGUGAUAAACAUAGUAAUUGCAAUAUUCACAAAGAACCUGAUGCUAUCAAUAGGCAAUUAUUAUAUUCAACUCAAUCACAUAAAGUGGAAGAUUUUCAGAAUAAAUGUUUAAUCAAAGUUCAAAAUACUAAUAAUAAAGGUAUUCUAAAUAGUUUAGAAAAAAGAAAUGAUAUACCAUUUAAUAAUAUCUUUACAAAUUCAGAUGGGAAUUUAAAUUUUAUACAGAAUCAUGUUAAUGUGAGACAAUAUAAAACUGUAAUAUCAUUGGAACAGAUGAUUUUUAUCUAUAAUCUUGGAGGUAUAUCUAGUGAAAAUGUCUGGACUGCUUUAUUUGGAUGUCAUGAUAAGAAUAAAAAGGGUAAAAAAUUUCAACUACCACCUUUUAUGACUAAUAAAAUUCUUAUAGAUGCAUAUACGAAGAUUCUAUCACGUUCUGAACCACAAAGUAAUGCGAUUCAUAUCUAUAUGUAUUGCAGAGGUAUAUUUAAGGGUUACUGUACUGAUAUAGUAGCUCCAAGAAUUCUUAUUCAUGCAAAUAUUUUUCUUUUGUGGAAUAAUACAUUGAAAAAUGGAAUGAUGCAACAGGACCAACAAUCUGACCUAUCGAAUUAUAUUCAUCCAUUAUAUUCAAGUUUAGUACAGGGAACACUUCCUAGUUUGCUUGUGUUGCGAGCUUUAGAGGAAGAAUUUUCCAAAUAUAAUGUACUAGUACAUUUUAUUUUGAGAAUAUUCUCAUCUUUGGAUAGGAAUUAUACUCAUAUAUACUCUCACUUUCCUACUUUGGGAAUUACAUCUUUGCUAUACUUUUACCGUUGUGUAUUUUUACCUUUGGCUUCAUCCUUCACAUCAGCAUUUCUGAAUAUUGUUACAAUAGAAAGAGAUUAUUUUUUGAAUAAUGUGCUUAAAUUACUACUUAUACCAAAUAAAGAGAACUUAAAUUAUUUAAACUGCUGUAACAAUUUAGAUGAUGUGCAUUCAUUCAUGAGAUUUUCAAUAUGUAAAAAUCAACAUUUACCUCGUUAUCCAGAUAAUAUUAACGAAGUAGCUAAAGAUUGUCUCAAUUAUAUUUCUCCCCGUCCUUUUGAUUUGGUUUUAUAUGAAGUUAUUAAUAAUAUAAUUGUUGCAUUAAGUAAUAAUGCAAGUAGUCAAGCAGAACUAAAAAGAAUAAAGACGAUAUUUUUGAACUCAGAUAUGGUUAAUAAUGAUAAGAAUUCUAAUAUUGAAAAUUCCAACACAAUGAAGUUCAAUUAUACAAGAGAUAACAGGAUUUCUGUCCCUAUUGACAUAUCAACUGACAAAUCUUUAGAUCAUCCUUCAGGUUUAGUAUGGUUUUCGUCAGGUAGUAAUGAUACCAGUAUAUAUGUAAAUACUAUAGAAGAGCCAUUUUUAAAUAAUACACGCUCUUACUAUUGUGAGAAAUUGGAUAAUAUAUUUAAAAUAUUGGACCUACAUAAGUGUUGUAUAUUAAUUCACUGGAUUUUAAUUGAAGAAGCUAGAAGACUUCAUAGAUAUUUCCCAAUCAAGACAUUUUCAUCUCUAAUGAAGAUUGUAGAAAGUGUGUGUUUUCAUUUUUUAGGUAAGAAAAUUUUGGAUUAUCCAAGAUCUAUUGAUACUCAGAUUUCACAAAUAUCUAUGAUACCUAAGUCAGUAAUAGAUCCAGGUACUUUAAAAGAUUAUCUUCAUAAAAGGAGUUUAUGUUACUUGAGAUCUAUUUAUGACUUGGUACUUAGAGAUCCUCUUAAAAACUCUUCUUAUAAUAUAAUAAAAAAGUUACUUAAUGAAAAGGAAUUUGACAAUAAAUAUAAAAGACUCGAAUUUCCUUUGAACGAUGGCUUUGUAAAUUUUUCUAAAUUAAGUGGCAAAGGUAUUAAUAGAAUUUCUUGUAUGAUUUCUCUAUUUUCUGUAAUAUAUGAAACUAUAUUAGAUGAUGUGCUAAUAGCAAUGAGAACUUGCAGAGAUUCUUUUAAAAGUGAUUCUAUUUGUACACUUUUUCAAAUUGGAGAUCGAUUUUGUGGUAUACAAAUUGUCCUCGCCAUAAUGAAACAAUAUAAACUAGUUGCUAAGGCUUCAUUUAAAAAUGAUUUAAUUAUAAAUAGAGUUAUAAAUAGAGGAAUAUAUGAUGGUCUUGUUUUAUAUAUACAAGAUUUAACAUCUAAAAGUCAAAAGUAUAUUUUAAUGCUAAUAUCUUUUUGGAUAAACUCAUUUAUAGAUACUAGAGUUUUGCAAUUAUACAGACUUGUAUGUGAUGUGGCGUUAGAAGAGGAUUUUCCAGGAACUAAGGAACAUAAACAAUGUGACUCAAAUGAAAAGUCUUCUAUUAAGAUGUAUAAAUCUCCGAAAAAGGUCAGAAUACAUAUUGAUAGUUCUAAUAAUUUUGUUAAUACUUCAGUUGAAUUAUCUAAUAACUACUUUAACUUGGAUAAAGUUUUACUUACUGAUAAUGAAGGAUCUAUAACAUAUAAUUUAGAUAAUUCAGAAGUCUUAUCUUGUAUAUCUAAAGAAUUCUCAAAGAAAACUAAUUUAAAAUUAUCUUCUAAAGAUGAUCAAUUGAACUUCUCUACACAGGAAAGUAGUUUUGAAAAUAUAUUAAAAAAAAAUUGGAAUAUAGGAUCAUUUGAAAGGAACGGGUCACUUUUCGAAAUAAAGGAAUCUUUGAAUACUUUUGUUGACCAAUGGUUUAUUUCAAUUUCAUCACGUUUGUCUAUAAAUUUAACUGGUAAAAAAUAUUUAAUUGAUGAAAUAAAGUCAAUAACUACAAAAUUAAGAGAUCAAUCAAAGUUUGAGAUUUUUCUGGAUCAGACAAUCUCAAGUAUAGAACUUUUGAAAUUACUUCCAAAUAAGGAGACUGUAAUAUCUCAAUUUAAAGAUCGUUUUUUGAAACGUUUAAUGGUUUUAUUAUAUAUUAACAGUAGUUCAAUGAUUAACGAAAAUAGAUUUACUAACAUAUUCUGUUUAAUUUGUAUUGAAGAUUUCAUUUUAUCUUAUAUGAAUGAUAAUCCAAUAUUUCAUGAAAGCUACAAUUUUGAUAUAGAUCAUUGCUAUAAUGACUCCUAUUUAGGUUUACCGUUUAAUGUUUCUGUAAAAAGUAUUCAGGGUAUUUUGGAUGAUUCACUCAAUAUGAUACUUUCAUCAGCAGUAAAUGAUCAAAUGAUAUCUGUACUGUUAACUACAUAUUUUAAUUGGCAUAAGAACUCAUCCUUGAACUAUUUUGGCGAUUUAAUAAAAUUAUACUCAAAACUCAAAUUUCCAAGAGCUGUAGAACCCCAUAUAAUAAAUUUUGAGCAGCAAUAUAAAUUAAAAUAUCCAUAUAGGAAAAUAUCUUGGUUAUGGGAUUGUGGUUUUGCAAUUAUACAAGUUUCUGGAUAUAGAGAACAAUAUAGUAAUACAUCUUUAUCUUUUAUAUUUAUAGCCCCUUUAUUAAUUGUUCUUGUUUUGAAUGUAUUUAAUAAAAAAACUUCUCAAGGAUUUUCAUUAAGUUACAUUCUUGAAGUUACGGGACUUACGUUAAUUGAAGGAGUAAGGAUUAUUUUGAGCUUAUUCCUUCCUGAUCAGGAUUUAUUAGAAGUGACUAAUGCUAAAACUAAUUGUGGAGAUAUACAAAAGUGGAAUACAUGGCUUCAUCUAAAUACUAUACUUAGAUUAAAGGCUUACCCAAAUCUCAAAUUAAAAGAUGUUAUUUUCUUAAGAUUAUUACCAAGGGACUAUCUAAGUAAUGAUAGCAGAAAUUCCAUAUUUAAUUUAGGUUUUAAAUUAAACGGUGACUUUUCUACUAAAAUUACUAGAAGAUUAAGCUUUAAUAAUUAUGUGCAUAAUAAAGAUAAUUACUUAUCUAUUUUUAAUAUUCCCAAUAUAAAUCAUUCAAUUGUAAAAUUAGCUUCACCUUGGGAAAUAUCAAUUCAUAUUGAUGAUGACUCUUAUGAGGACUAUUUCAAGAUUUCCUCUAGUCUUACUGAAUCAGAUAACGGAUAUUUAUUGUAUAUGAAAUCAAAUUUAGAGGAUGCUGACAGUUCUUACAAUAUUUGUGCAUCUGACUUUGCAGAUGGCCAUAUUUCUGAAGAGAACUCUUCAAUAUUUGAAACUGAUUCAUCAUAUUGGGCUAGGGAUGAAAUGGGAGUUUCAUGUGAAGAAUCUAUUCGAUAUAAUUCCUCAGCUACUCAGGGUGAAACUGAAUAUUUAUAUGGCUUCAUAAAGCGUAGAUGUAUAGAUCUUCAAAAUACAAAUAAGUCGAAUAGUCUUAACUAUACAGAAACAAAUCUAUUUGAUUAUAUAUGUAUUAUUGAAGGUCUUAUAGUUCGAUUAAUUAAAAAGGAAAAGUUACAAACAUAUUCUCAAAUAACUCGUUAUAUUGAAGAAAAUUGGCGUUUGAAACAUUUUGUACCCACAAAUCAAAGUAUAGAUCAGGCUCUUGAGAAACUUAUUUCUAGAGAAUUUAUUGAAGUCCAAGAUCUGGAAAAAAGGAAUUCCUUUUCCAGCAAUACAACUUUUGUUUAUAUACCUUAA